AUCUCUCUGUUUUUAGUUUGUGGUUUAAAAAGUAGUAAACAAUAAAAAUGGACAAAAACAUCAGGCUUUAUCACGAUAAGAAGGCGGUUGAGAAAAUUUCUGAAAUACCUAUAGUUGAUAUGGGAAUUAAAUGUUUUAUCAACCAAUGGCGUGCCGAUCAAGGCAUAUUUUGUUUAAUUUAUUGUAAAGACAAUGAACCUGUUUCUUUUGCACUUUUUUCGACAAUGAACUACGACCCUUUAGGUUUUCAUACACGUCCUAAAUUGAUAAAUUACAUUUAUACAUUAGAUAAGAGGAAAUGUUACGCUUCACGUUUAAUAGCCUUUGCUAAACAAAACUGGCAAUUUACAGCUUUUUGUUCAAACGAAGAGUCGGUAAAACUAUUUACAAAAAACUCCUGUUUUAAUUACGGCAAAAUGAACGGUUCAAUUAUGAUUAGAUACCCCUAAUUUUACGAUUACUACUUUUUACUAAACAUUUACACAUUGUAUUAGAUAAAAUGUAUUAUUUUAAUUGUGUUUAAUUUCUGUAAAAUAAGUUUUUCUAUAUUACUAUUGUAAUUAUUGGAACAUUCUCGCUUUGUUUUUGCGCCUUAAAAGUAGUAGUAAGAGUAAGAUGGACAAAACAUCAAAGUUUUACCUAAUAUAAACAAUAAACUAGUGUUUUUACGCUCAAAUCUUCGAUAUAAUACCUUUUGCUAAACAUUUUUCAACAUUCUGUUCGAAUAAAAAGCUCAUAAAUUAUUAUUAUUACUACUUUUAUUACACAUUGUUAUUUUAAACAGUUGAUUAUUAUUAAUAUAUAGGUACUUGUUUUACCUAUUUUACUAUAUUUAUUUUUAAUACCUACUUUUUAUAUUUCCUCAAUGUAUUGUCUGUUUUAAGCUUUUAUUGUAAUAAAUAUUUUUUAUAUUUACUUUUUGUCUUACUUAACCUGUAUGUGUGAUUAAAAAGUUCAUGGUUUCUAUGAAAUAUCUACAGGUCUCUACAGAGUUUUGUUCAUUUUUAGAUACCGUAGAAUCGUCGUCUUUGACUUUUUUGCAAAAAAUAUAUCAUCAGAUUUUACGUGUUUUUUUACACGUAACAGAUGGUUCAUUGUUUUCUUAGAGUAAUCUACCUCCCGUGCUUUUUUCAAUUGCCCCCGUGUACUAGUUUUAUUAUUCAGGAGUUUAAAUGUUUGGUCGCAGCACCGUAUACUCAUUACUUAACUCAAUUUUCAGGAAAAACUAUCAUUAAAAGAUUUCUAGUUUGUCUGUCUGAUUGUAGUUCUAUCAUAAAUUUUGACAAUAAUUAAAAGUUAUGUCAAACCUCGUUAGUUCUACAGGAUUGUCAACAACACACGUCAGCUAUCUUCAGAUCUCUUCAGUUCUUAGCUCGUGAUUUGAUGUCUAUUAAAUGAGAGUGUCGGACAAUCGUAGAGAAUGCAUUCAAUGAUCUCUGUUCGAACCAUAGAGUGUGAAUUUUGGUGGGUCCGUAGUAAUUGCCUGCUAUCUGUUUAUUCGUUCUGCUGUGCCGUACACAUGCCGACUCCCGUACCAGCAUCCGCACCGGCAUCCACUCCAGCAUCCGCACCCAUGCAUCCACGCCAGUAUCUACGUAUACUCGUACGGUACGUUUGCAAAAUAAAAUUAAAAAAAAAAUACGAAAAUGUCUUGGAGUCAAUUUCCUCAUAUCAAUCUGUAAUAUGUAUUGCAUAUGUUUAAGGUACACAUACUCUUCGUAUGCAAGAUAAAAAACAACAAUU